GGGAGCGGCUGCGGAGCGCGUUUAUGUCGCAAAGAGAUUAAAUUAAUCUGUCAUUAUCUGAAUUUAACAAACUAAUAACUAAACACACACAAAACUCUGAAGAACUGCUUUUUUAUCGUGAUUUCUACACACACUGUGUGUAAGUACAGUGAAAUGGCAGGAUCCAGUAUUUCAGUAACUCAGGAUCAGUUCUGUUGUCCAGUGUGUUUGGAUCUCCUGAAGGAUCCAGUGACCAUUCCCUGUGGACACAGUUACUGUAUGAGCUGUAUUACAGACUGCUUUAAUGAAGAUCAUAAUACAGGGAUAUACAAAUGCCCUCAGUGCAGACAGACCUUCACUACAAGACCUGCUUUAUGUAAAAAUGUGGUGAUUGCUGAGAUGGUGGAGAAACUGAAGGACACGAGAAUCCAAGAGACUCCCUGUUACGCUGGUCCUGCAGAUGUGGAGUGUGACGUCUGUACUGGAAUAAAACAGAAAGCCGUGAAGUCCUGUCUGGUGUGUCUCAACUCUUACUGUCAGAAUCAUCUUGAACAACAUGAGAAUUUCUUCAAGAGUAAGAGACACAGCUUGAUUGAUGCCACUGGACGACUCCAGGAGAUGAUCUGCCCUCUACAUGAGAAAAUGCUGGAAAUUUACUGCCGAACUGAUCAGAAGUGUAUCUGUGUGCUGUGUAUGGUGGAUGAACACAAGAACCACAACACCAUAUCAGCUGCAGCAGCGAGGACUGACAAACAGAGAGAUUUGGAGGAAACACAGAGUAAACUGCAGCAGAGGAUCGAGGAGAAAGAGAAAGAUGUUCAUGAGUUGAGAGAAUCUGUGAUGUUUCACAAGCACUUUGCACAGACAGCAGUGGAGGACUGUGAGCGGAUCUUCACUGAGUUGAUCUUAUCCAUUGAGAGAAGUCGCUCUGAGGUGACACAGCUGAUCAGAGAUCAGGAAGAGGCUGCAGUGAGUCGAGCUGAAGAACUCUUGAAGCAACUGGAGCAGGAGAUUGAUGAUCUGAGGAGGCGAGUCGAUGAGAUGCAGCAGCUUUCACACACAAAUGAUCACAUCCAUUUCCUGCAGAGUUUCCAGUCGCUCUCUGUCCAUCCUGGAUCCUCUGACAGCAUCAAUGUCACUUCCCGUCUCUCUUAUGAACAUGUAGUGAAAUCUGUCACUCAACUCAGAAUCAAACUGGAGGAUUUCUGCAGAGAGGAGACCAAGAAGAUGUAUGGUAGAGUGAAAUACAUUCAGAUCUUACCCACUCCUGAAUACAAGACCAGGAAGGAGUUUCUACAAUAUUUCCAUCAGUUUACUCUGGAUCUGAACACUGUGAGUCCAUGUCUCCGUCUGUCUGAGAGGAACACAGUGGUCACUGUCACUGACAAACUCCAGCGCUAUCCUGAUCAUCCAGACAGAUUUGAUUGUUGGGGUCAGGUGUUGUGUAAUGAGAGUGUGAGUGGACGCUGUUACUGGGAGGUGGAGUGGAGUGGGAAUCGUGGUGUGGAUAUAGCAGUGACAUAUAAGAGUAUCCGGAGGAAGGGAGAUGGUCCUGAGUGUUUGACUGGAGGUAAUGAUCAGUCCUGGAGAUUGUUUUGCUCUCCUUCCAGUUACUCAUUCUGGCACAAUAACAUUGAGACUAAACUCCAUGUAGUCCACAGCUCCAGUAGAAUAGGAGUGUAUGUGGAUCACAGUGCAGGAGUUUUGUCCUUCUACAGCGUCUCUGACACAAUGAACCUCAUCCACAGAGUCCAGACCACAUUCACUCAACCUCUGUAUCCUGUGUUUGGACUAGAUGACUACACAACUGUGAAACUGUGUUCUCGAACUGUAUAAAUGAUAUAGAGAUUCUACAAAUAAUACUGAUGCAAGUGGCUAGAGACAUUCCUAUAUUUGAUACUUUUGCUGAUUGAUAUUAUACAAGCAUAUUCAUGUAUCCACAUUUAUGUUCUCAGAAUAUAAUCAUAUACUUCACAUUCAUGAAACCAUCUUAUAUGGCAUUAUCAUUGUAUUAAGACUCCAUAUAUUCCCUGUAUAUCCAUCCUGUAUUCCUGUGUUGUAUACAUGUUACCAGACACAAGCCUUAUAUGUUCAAUGUGUGUGUUAGAAUACAUUUCCAUUUAUGCAUUUGGUAGACACUUUUAUCCAAAGUGACUUACAGAGCACUUAUUACAGGGACAAUCCCCCCAGAGCAACCUGGAGUUAAGUGUCUUACUCAAGGACACAAUGAUGGACUGUGCUCACCAGUACAGUAUUUUAACCCACUACGCCACCACCACUCCAAAAUAUUACUUAUCCUUAUAAGGGUUGUAGCAUUGCUGUACCAAUGUUCCUGUGGGAAACUGAGACAUUGCGUGUAUAUACUUUUGAAUUUUUAGUAUAUGGAUAGGUCGCCAUUUUUACCCGAUGAGAGCUCAGAGCAGGUGACAGAUGCUUGCUAUGGGGGUAAUAGAGGAAUCCCACAGUGAUGCAUACCCUAUGCCCAGCGUUGAUGAGUUGCUCGAUCAGUUAGGUACUGCACGAUUUUAUUCGACAAUGGAUUUGACAGAGGGGUAUUGGCAGAUCCCCUUAAUACCAAUUUCCCCCCCAAAAAAGCCUUCUCCAUGCCGUUUGGAUUGCCCCAAUUGAUGGGAUAUGCAUGUGUCACUCUUUUUGUGUUUCUUACUUUUCUAACUGUAAUAGUUGUGUGGGUUAAGAGCUUAUGGUUACUGUAUUGACUAAAGUUUAUUUAUUUGUUGAAUAUCCAUUUGUUACUCUGCUAAUGGGCUGAGCCUAGCAUCCAUAUAUCCCUUUGAAACACAUCUGAUUGUGUAACAUGGACAUAAUGCAUCCUAAUAAUACCUGUGUGUUUGAUCAAGAGCUCAGUCCACUGACUGGUCGACUUCUCGUUUUAAAUGGGUAGUUUUGAACAUCUCCACCUUUUACCAGCACAUUCUGUAAAACAAUA